AAAAAUUCCUAAACUCAGCGAGAACUCCCUCACCAUGAGCAGCGCUGUGCUGGUGCCUCGCCUCCCAGACCCCAGCAGCAGUUUCCACGAGGAUGCCCCUCGGCCCCCCGUGCCCGGGGAAGAAGGGGAGACCCCACCAUGCCAGCCUGGGCUGGGAAAGGGCCAGGUCACCAAACCCAUGCCUGUCUCUUCCAACACCAGGCGGAACGAGGAUGGGCUGGGGGAGCCCGAGGGGCGGGCAUCUCCGGAUUCCCCUCUGACCAGGUGGACAAAGUCACUGCACUCCUUGUUGGGUGACCAAGAUGGUGCUUAUCUCUUCCGGACUUUCCUGGAGAGGGAGAAAUGCGUGGAUACCUUGGACUUCUGGUUUGCCUGCAAUGGAUUCAGGCAGAUGAACCUGAAAGAGACCAAAACUUUACGAGUAGCCAAAGCGAUCUACAAAAGGUACAUCGAGAACAACAGCGUUGUCUCCAAGCAGCUGAAACCUGCCACCAAGACGUAUAUAAGAGAUGGCAUCAAGAAGCAGCAGAUUGAUUCCAUCAUGUUUGACCAGGCGCAGACUGAGAUCCAGUCGGUGAUGGAGGACAAUGCCUACCAGAUGUUUCUGACUUCUGAUAUAUACCUCGAAUACGUGAGGAGUGGGGGAGAAAACACAGCUUACAUGAGUAACGGGGGCCUGGGGAGCCUAAAGCUCGUGUGUGGCUAUCUCCCCACCUUAAAUGAAGAAGAGGAGUGGACUUGUGCCGACUUCAAGUGCAAACUCUCACCCACUGUGGUUGGCUUGUCCAGCAAAACUCUGAGGGCUACUGCGAAUGUGCGGUCCACGGAAACUGUUGAAAAUGGAUACAGGUCCUUCAAGAGGAGCGACCCCGUGAAUCCAUACCACGUGGGUUCUGGCUAUGUCUUUGCGCCGGCCACCAGCGCCAAUGACAGCGAGAUCUCCAGUGACGCAAUGACGGAUGACUCCAUGUCCAUGACGGACAGCAGCGUAGAUGGAAUCCCUCCUUACCGUGUGGGGAGUAAGAAACAGCUCCAGAGAGAAAUGCAUCGCAGCGUGAAGGCCAAUGGCCAAGUGUCUCUACCUCAUUUCCCGAGAACCCACCGCCUGCCCAAGGAGAUGACCCCCGUGGAGCCCGCCACCUUCGCGGCGGAGCUGAUCUCCAGGCUGGAGAAGCUUAAGCUGGAAUUGGAGACCCGCCACAGCCUGGAGGAGCGCCUGCAGCAGAUCCGAGAGGACGAAGAGAAGGAGGGCUCCGAGCUGGCGACGCUGAGCUCCCGGGAGGCGGGGCCCGCCCAGCACCCCCUCUCCCUCCUGCCCUCGGGCACCUAUGAGGAGGACCCGCAGACCAUCCUGGACGACCACCUGUCCAGGGUCCUCAAGACCCCCGGCUGCCAGUCCCCCGGCAUGGGCCGCUACAGCCCACGUGCCCGCUCCCCCGACCAUCACCACCACCACCACCACCAGCCGUACCACCCGCUCCUCCCGCCCGGGGGCAAGCUGCCCGCCGCCGCCGCCGCCUCCCCUGCUGGCUGUCCCCUCCUCGGGGCCAAGGGCUUCGUGACCAAGCAGACGACGAAGCACGUCCACCACCACUACAUCCACCACCACGCCAUCCCCAAGACCAAGGAGGAGAUCGAGGCCGAGGCCACCCAGCGGGUGCGCUGCUUCUGCCCCGGGGGCGCCGAGUAUUACUGCUACUCCAAGUGCAAGAGCCACCCCAAGGCUCCGGAGCCCGUGGCGCCUGAGCAGUUUGGAGGCAGUACCCCACCCAGGCGAAAUGCGAAAGGCACGGAGCCGGGCCCGGCUCUGCCCGCCAGGGAAGGAGGGGCCCCCGGCGGAGCGGGGGCGCUGCAGCUUCCCGGGGAGGAAGGAGACAGGUCGCAGGAUGUCUGGCAGUGGGUGCUGGAGAGUGAGCGGCCGAGCAAGCCCAAGCCCCAUAGUGCCCAAAGCACGAAACGGGCCUACCCCUUAGAGUCCGCCCGCCCGUCCCCAGCUGAGCGAGCCGGCCGCCACCACCUGUGGGGGGGCAGCAACGGGCACCCCCGCACCGCCCCCCGUGCCCACCCGUUCACCCAGGACCCAGCGAUGCCUCCCCUGACCCCACCCAACACACUGGCACAGCUGGAGGAGGCCUGCCGCAGGCUGGCUGAGGUGUCGAAGCCCCCCAAGCAGCGGUGCUGCGUGGCCAGUCAGCAGAGGGACAGGAACCACUCGGCCACUGGUCAGACAGGAGCUACACCUUUCUCCAACCCGAGCCUGGCUUCAGAAGACCACAAAGAGCCAAAGAAGCUGACAGGGGUCCACACUCUCCAGGCCAGCGAGCUGGUUGUCACUUACUUUUUCUGUGGAGAGGAAAUUCCAUACAGGAGGAUGCUGAAGGCUCAGAGCUUGACCCUGGGCCACUUUAAAGAGCAGCUCAGCAAAAAGGGAAAUUAUAGGUAUUACUUCAAAACAGCGAGCGACGAGUUCGCCUGUGGAGCGGUUUUCGAGGAGAUCUGGGACGAUGAGAUGGUGCUGCCUAUGUAUGAAGGCAGGAUUCUGGGCAAGGUGGAGAGAAUCGAUUGAGCCUCAGGCGGCCCGCGGGGCCCAAGCCCUCACGACCGGCCUUGGACGUGAGCGCCCGCAACCCAGCCCUUUGAAGGAAGACUCAACCAGUGAAGACGUCGAAGUCUGGGGGAAGACUCUUGGCCAUGGGGCCUUCGGGAGGGUGGGGGGAGGUUGGCUUUCAUUAUUCCCCAGCUGGGUACGGAGAUAAGAAAAGCCUGAACUAUUUAUUAAAAACAUGACCACUCGUGGCUGUUGAAGAUGCUGACUGUAUUUGAGAGACUGCCAUACAUAAUAUAUGACUUCCUAGGGAUCUGAAAUCCAUAAACUAAGAGAAUCUGUGUAUAGCUUCCCUGAACAGGAAUCCUUACUGAUAUUUAUUGAAUAACUGAGUCUCCCCCCACCCCAAUCCCCAGUUUAUGGAUAUGCUGCUUUAAACACGGAAGGGGGAGACAGGAAGUUUGUAAUUGUUCUGUCUAAGCUUGGGAGUUGAGCUAGGAGUGCAUUAAUGAUUUCUUCAUUAAAAAGAGGAAUUAAGCUCCGCCCUGCGCUUCUCUAGGUGACGAUAGACUUUUUAAAAACGUGGUGCCCUCCCCUCGACACAAAUUGGUGCAUCCCUCCCCCAUGCUGCUCUCUUUUUGUCAUAAAGGUCUUCAGGUUUGAUUAAGAUGCACCCUCACGGACCGCCCUUUGGGUGGGGGCGGGGUGUGGUCUUCGUGUUGGAUGGGAUGGUUCAUUGCGGAGGAGGGGGGAGCCUUCCUGGGGCCCUAGGUUCAUCCUGUAACUUCUUGUAGCUCCCCACCAAAGCCCAGCAUCCAGCAGCAGAGGCCUGCCAGAACCUAGCGGUUCUAGGUGUGCAUUCAUGGAAAUGACAGUUUCUCGGAGUUUUCUUAAUUUAGUCUUUGGACUCUAGCCCUUCUGGAAACUAACCACCCACUCCCCUCACCAGCACACCCCCCCAAGAAGCAGAGAGUUGUGGGAAGACCUAGCAGCACCCUCUCCUCGAGACGCCUUCAUGCUGACGUUCGGGUGUUUAUGUUAACUUAAUCUGUGCAGUUCGUUUGCCCCGGUCCUUGUGCUAUACGUCUGUAUAUAUUGUGCGGCGAAAGAGUAUUAAUCCACUAUCUCUAGUGCUUGACUUUGAAUCAGUACAGUACCUGUACUUUGCACGGUGAGCCACUCCGUGUGUUGCCCUAUAUUGAGGGCUCAAGCUUUCCCUUGUUUUUUGAAAGGGGUUUAUGUAUAAAUAUAUUUUAUGCCUUUUUAUUAUGUCUUGUACUCAAUGACUUUUGCCAUGGCAUUUUGUUCUACUUAUACUGUAAAUGAUGCAUUAUAAAGAGUUCAUUUAAGGAAAAUUACUUGGUACAAUAAUUAUUGUAAUUAAGAGAUGUAGCCUUUAUUAAAAUUUUAUAUUUUUCAAAA